UCAGUAUUUUGUAAACAGGCGUUACACACAAAGGGGAGUCGUCACUCGUCAACCGAGGUGGAUUUUGCCAAAAAUGGUGGUAGCUCUCGCAUUGGGGUUUCCUCUUUACCAAUCUCGUCCGAUCAACUCCACAGUUUCCGAUCGAGUUUCCGGCGGCGGCGGCUGUGUGGAUCCCGGCGGAUCGUUUCCAUCUUUUCUUCCCAAGGAAGUUUACAAAAUCAGAGACCCCUCUGCUAGAACUUUGGCUCAGAGAAUUCAACGACUCCCUGUAAAGGUUGGAUUUUCCGAGAGUUCAAUAAUGAGUAGCUGUGUCACACCCAAAGUUCGUCGUGAUUCGAAUCCGGUGGUUCUGCUACAUUGCUUUGACAGCUCUUGUUUAGAAUGGAGAAGUGCGUAUCCUUUGUUGGAAGAUGCCGGUUUGGAGGCUUGGGCUGUCGAUAUUCUCGGCUGGGGUUUCUCCGACUUAGAAAGACGUCCACCCUGUAACGUAGCAUCGAAAAGAUACCACCUUUACCAGUUAUGGAAGUCUCACAUUAAAAGACCGAUGAUAUUAGUCGGACCAAGCCUUGGUGCUGCAGCUGCAAUAGAUUUUGCUGUCAAUUUUCCCGAAGCUGUUGAUAAGCUGAUUUUAAUUAACGCAAAUGUUUACGCAAACGGCACUGGAGUUCUUACAAAAUUACCAACACUAAUGGCUUACGCAAUGGCCUCCGUGCUGAAGAGUAUACCGAUCCGAUGGUACGCAAAGCUACUGGUUUUCAACGGCAUAUCAUUGUCUAAGAUGCUAGACUAUACCGACGUGGGGCGACUUCACUGCCUCAUGCCGUGGUGGGAAGAUGCUACCGUAAAUUUUAUGCAGAGUGGCGGUUAUAAUGUCACCGGCCAAAUUAAAAAGGUGAAGCAAAAAACACUCCUCAUCUCCAGCGAAUGCGAUAAUAUAGUCGACAGUAAGUUCGCGGAGAGACUGAAAAACGAACUACCAAACGCAAGUGUGCGGAAAGUUCCGGAAUGCGGUCAUAUGCCGCACAUCGAGAAGCCGUACUUGAUUGCUAGAUUAAUUGCUGAAUUUGCUCAAGAUGCUAGUUCUGAAGAAAUUCUUCCGAUUUCGUACUUUGUUGACAAUAUUUCGAGCAAAAACAAACAUGUUGUGUAGAAAUGUACCAAGGAAACGAGGAACAUAAAUCUACUGCUGUAGAACUAUUUGUUGACAAAUUAAAUAUUUUUUAUUUUUAUUUUUCCUAUGUAUGUAUUUGAAAUUCUUUUGAUAUUAUUGUCUUUGGG